UUGUUUAGUGUUGGUCAGCGUCAGUUAGUGUGUCUUGCUCGUGCUUUACUUCGUAAGACAAAAAUAUUAGUACUUGAUGAGGCGACAGCUGCAGUUGAUCUAGAAACUGAUGAUCUAAUUCAGAAAACCAUACGUAAAGAGUUUGCUGGUUGUACUGUACUGACUAUAGCUCACAGACUGAACACUAUCAUGGACUAUGACAAGAUAAUGGUACUUGAUGCUGGUCGUAUUUCAGAGUUUGAUAGUCCUAAUGUAUUGCUGGAGCGUCGUGGCCUGUUCUAUGGGAUGGCUAAAGAUGCUGGUCUUGCCUAACUUUAUUUUAAAGGAUUUUUUUCUUAUUUUAACAUGUGCGUGUCUUCCUAAUAUAUAACUUAUGUUUAGAAUAUUAUUAGCAGUGUUAUUUUUAUUAGAUCAAAAUAUGUAGCUAUGCAUGACA